UGGUGAUUGACUGUACCAGGCCAGUCUUCAGAGACCUGAGAUUAGACUUGAAUCACUAAAAGAAGAUAUAAAAGAAUUCUUUAAAAUAUCAGGUUGGGAGAAGAAACUUCAGAAUGCUGUGUAUAGUGAACUGAAUGUGUACCCUUUACCUAGUCAUCCUGCUGCACCUCCUGAACAUCUUAAAGAGCCUUUGGUAUACAUGAGAAAAGCACAGGGAAGUUGGGAAAAAAGAAUUUUGAAGAGUCUAAAUAGUAUGUGCACUGAGCUGAGUAUCCCACUGGCACGAAAGAGACCAGUUGGACAACAGAAAGAACUUCUUAAUAAAUGGAAUGAAAUGGGAACUGAUGAACCAGAUUUAAGCCUUUUCCGACCUGUUUAUGCACCUAAGGAUUUUCUUGAGGUAUUAAUUAAUCUCCGCAACCCAAAUUAUGAAAAUGGUGAUUCUCUUAGUUUCAGGACUCAUUUGGGUUUAAUCCAAGUUCCUCUCAAAGUAAAAGAUAUCCCUGAAUUGAAAGAAUGCUUUGUAGAGCUUGGCUUAAACACAGGACAGCUGGGUAUAGAUGAUUCUACACAAGUGCCUCCUGAACUUUUUGAAAGCGAGCAUGUGCGUAUUGGGCAAAAAGUUCUAGCAGAACAAGACAGUGCCGCUGCUCAGCAGUAUAUCAGACAAGGAAGUCCCACUGCACUGAGAGCUGAACUGUGGGCCCUCAUUUUAAAUAUUUCCAGUCAACCAGAGGAUAUUUUAUAUUAUGAGCAGCUUAAGACCAAUGUGAUACAACAUGAUCUUUUGGUGGACAGUCUAAUUUAUAAAGAUGUGAAGUUGACAGCAAGCAAUGAUGAUUACUAUUUUGUAUUUGAAGAUUAUUUAUAUCAGGUAUUACUUUGUUUUUCCCGGGAUACGUCUGUAUUGGCCCACUUUGCAUACAACAGUGCUUCACCACCGAAAUCAUACAUAAGAGGAAAACUAGGAUUAGAAGAAUAUGCUGUCUUUUAUCCACCAAACGGUGUAAUCCCUUUUCAUGGAUUUUCAAUGUAUGUGGCACCGCUCUGCUUUCUGUACCAUGAACCCUACAAGCUGUAUCAGACCUUCCGCGAGAUGUAUGUGCGUUUUUUCUUCCGACUCCAUUCCAUCUCCUCUCACCCUUCCGGUAUUGUGUCACUCUGUUUGCUGUUUGAAACCCUUCUUCAAACCUAUCUUCCACAACUCUUUUAUCAUCUACGAGAAAUUGGGGCUCAACCACUUCGCAUAUCAUUUAAGUGGAUGGUUCGUGCUUUCUCUGGGUAUUUGGCUACAGAUCAACUCUUGCUCUUGUGGGAUAGAAUCCUAGGGUACAACUCUCUGGAAAUUCUUGCUGUCCUGGCAGCUGCCGUGUUUGCUUUCCGAGCAGUGAACCUGAUGGAAGUGACAUCACUGGCUUCAGCUGAAGCAGUUCUUGCUGAUCUUUCGACUUUGAAAGUUAUGCCUCUUCUUCAAAUUUUUCUGUUUGCUACUGUCACCUGAUCUUCUUCAAGGUCACUAACAGAACUUCUAGUUUUUCAUUAGAAACUAAUCAUGAACUAUGCAAACUCUGCAUAAAACCAAAAUUAAACUUUGCAUAUAAGCCAAUAAAGAUCAUGUUCCCUCCUCAGU